AGGAUCACGAUUAAUCUCGAUCAAUGAUAUUAAAUAUGUUUAUAAUAUGUUUAUAAAUAUAAUUUAAUAACAAUUUAGCAACAAACGUUUACAUAAACAUAACAAUAUUGAAAUAAAUAUUGUUUGUUUACAGUUUAUAUAUAUACACUAUUUUUAUUUUCGUUUUAUAUAAAUGCCUAUUCUAUGUAUUGUAAGUACAAUAUAUUUGUAUUAAUAUUUUUAUUUUUAAUGUUUUCUUUUGAAAGGGUCCAAAAAGUAACUUAAGUAUAAAAGAACUAAUAAUAAUAUUAUUUUAUGUAAACAUGAUAACGAAGUUAAAUGAACAAAAAUAUAUUUUAUCUGAAGUGGAUCUUCGCUUAAGAUGAUAACACUACAGUUUAUGUUACUUGUGUUGUAUAAUUUGAUAAGCAUUAAAAAUUAAAUGAUUUGGAUGUAUCAAUCGCAUAUUUCAUUAAUUCGUUGCGUAAAAACCUGAAAAUAUGUGCUUUUUCGUCUUUACAAAAUUGUAAUAAAAUUUUGCAAAGUUAUAUUUACACAGGGUUCCCAUGAUCUAUGACACGGUACUAGUGCUAUUUGUGAUAAAAAAAAUCAGCCUUGCAGAAUCGGUUUGAUUAAAAAAAUUAACAGCUGUGACGAAAAUAAUACAGCUGAUAGUAAAUUAAAAGUAAUUAAAUAAAGUGUUUGUUUUAGCAUAUAUAAGUAAUAUUUUUCAGUGUUUAUAAUAUAAAACCCAUAUUUAAUUAAUCAUGUUUGCAGUAAGAAAGCUUUUUAAUAUGCAAAUUCCAUUAUGUAAAACUUAUAUGUCCAAUUCAAAACUUAUUGAAGUUACACACGAAAACAAUACAGGUAUUACUACAAUAUCAAUGACUCGUCAACCAGUAAAUGGUUUAAAUAAAGAGCUAUUAAAUGCUUUAAAAACAUCUUUAAUGGAUGCACAAAAAAAUCAUAGUACUGGUGUUAUAUUGACAUCUGCAUUACCAACUAUAUUUUCUGGAGGACUUGACCUAAUGGAAAUGUAUAAUCGAACUGAAAGUCAACUAACUGAGUAUUGGCAAACAUUACAAGAUACAUGGUUGACUUUAUAUGGUUUGGAAAUUCCAUUAGCCACUGCUAUUAAUGGUGCCAGUCCUGCUGGAGGAUGCUUAUUAGGACUUUCUUCCGAAUACAGAGUAUUUGUUAAAGGCAAACAUACCAUAGGAUUAAAUGAAACACAGUUAGGAAUGUCAGUUCCAAAAUGGUUUAAAAAUUUAUAUAUUGAUGUAAUAGGAUAUAGAAAAGCCGAAAUGGCUUGUUUACGAGGAUCUUUAUUUAAUCCCGAAGAAGCAUUACAAGUUGGACUUGUAGAUGAGUUGGCUGUUGAUAAAACAGAUGCUAUUAAUAAGUGUCAAAAAUUUAUACAAGGCUUUAAACACAUAUCUUCUAUAGGUCGAUCUCAGACAAAAAUUAUAUUACGAGAGCCUAAUUUGCUUUGGAUGAAAGAAAAUCGUGAUAAGGACCUUAAAGAAUUCAUAACAUAUGCUCAGUUACCACAAGUGCAAGCAGGCAUUAAAUUAUAUAUAGAGUCCUUGAAGCGGAAAUAAGACAUUUUUUAAAUAUUAAAAAUUCUAAAAUUUUUAUAAAAUCAAUAUUUUUAUAUAUUAUUUUAUAGGUAUAAAUAUACAAUACAUAAAUUUAUUAA